AUGAUUCUUGGUGUGGAGGAGCGGGGUCAUGGAACUUACAUCGACGAUGGCCAAAGCUUGUCACUAAGGUUCAGAAUCACCCAACCGGUGCUUGAUGGUUCUCUGGCGAGGAUGCUUUCUAUCUCGCCUGCACUUCUGGCCCUAUUAGUUCUUUUCCAACAAUGGUUUUCUCCCACCUUGGGCUUCGAGAUUCCCGACUCGGUCAAUCUCUCGUCGUGGACCUUGCCACCAUGUUUUGCACCAUGUCUCCCUGGCUUUCGUGUGUACUCGGACAAAUGUGGCAUUGGAAAAGUGCCCAGCAUGUUCAAAGAACACCCAAGCUACGUUCCACAUAUUGCUAGCGUCGUUGCAGUCGAGACCGUUUGCCUGGGCCUUCGUCUCGCAUGCAAGGCCUAUCAGUUUGUAUUAUGGGGUCCAGAAGAUUUCUUUCUGGUGACAGCAUAUAUUCUCUCCGUUGCUACCUUACCUCUCUCUGCUAUAAAGGCCCAAGUCGGAUCUGUUUCAAAUUACUGGACUCUCAAUUUUGACAACAUUGCUAUCUUCACCAAAGCGAACAUAGCUUACAACAUACUCUGUGCUUUCUCUCUCGGCUUUGUCAAAAUAUCUGUCGUCUUCUUUUUCUUGCAAAUAUUCAAAACCAGUAGCAAAAGCUACCGUGGCUUUUUAUGGGGCACCAUUGCCUUUAUAGCUUGCCUGACCUCUUCAUUUAUAUUCGCGCAACUGCUUAUGUGUAAUCGCCUCUCAUGUCUUUGGAUUAAUUCAGGAGAACCGUGGCAGGGGUGCAAGUGUCGUGACUUUUGGGAAGGCCAAGGAGGGUAUCCCAUAGCUAAUGCGACACUGGAUCUCUGGCUGAUACUGCUACCGGCAAAGCAAAUACUCAAGACUCAGCUGCAUUGGAAACAAAAGUGGCAUGCUGUGGCGAUGCUUAGCCUCGGAAUAAUGCACGUCUCUCGAAUACCCUGCUUUUGCGUUGAGAGACCUUUCAUGUUGACUCCCGCCAGGACAUUUAUCACUGCAGUAAUGCGAGUCGUGAGCGUACGGGCCCGUUUAACUGUUGUAGGCGCGGACCCUUUAGACUUGCAGCUCUGGUAUGCUUUAGAAGCUGCCACAGCUUUUGUAGUUGCUUGUGUGCCGUUCAUCCGCCUGAUGAUGGUGCGUAAAAUCAUUCCAUUCAUUAAGGCAAAAUUUGUCCUAUGGUUCCUGCCGUCUCAGGAACCAAGUACCUCUCAACAAACCGUUCUCGAGCCCACGUCACCCAGGAACAGGAACUCGGACCUGGUGUUAUCGUUUUCAGAUCAAAAUUACCUACAUAUGGUGGAAUCUGCCGAACCGGUGUCAUCAGAGGACCAUUACAAACACGCUGUGCACUUGGGAACCGGACCGAUAUCCGAUGAGCCAUUUCCACAUCAAGGGUUGAAGCCAUCUGUGGUUGCGGAAUACGCUACUAACAACAAGGAUGAAAAGCUCAACAUACCGACAACUUCAGACCCCAUGGCACUGAGACGGUAUGGCUUCGUCAUCAACGUCGUAGACGUCGACGCUAGGCCCGUGAUGUGGAAUACAGAGACCAAGAGCAAGAGAAGUAGGCCGCUAGAAGCUGACAGGCGGUCUCUAUAG